UUCACGAGUCAACAACACAUGUGAAUGUUGGCUAGGAUUAUCGGCCCUGGAGGACGGAUGUAGGCUGUGGACAGUGAAAAUCGAAGCUUCGAAAUGCCUCGGUACGAAUUAUCUCUGAUAAUGAGAGCCUUAGAAAGGCCCUCUCUGGUUGAGGCGAUGAAAAGAGUAGUCACAGAAUUAAUCAACCAAGGUGCUAUUGUUCGUAGUAUGGAGAGCCUCGGUGAGCGACAGCUUCCAUAUAUAAUGACAGCUCAUGCACAGAGGUUUUAUAAUGGACAUUACUUCAUCCUCGAAGUUGAUGCUAGUCCCGAGUUAAGUACCAGAAUCAAACCGCACUUCCAGAGAGAUGUCGACAUCAUCCGGAAAAACUUUGUAAUUCCAUAUUCUAUGAAGAAAAGCUCAUUUGAUUGCUCGGGCCCAUACACAGGCAUAUAUGCGCCAUCAUCGAAAAAACUAAAAACAGACAGAGAAUUACGCAAAAAACUUGGCGUUGUUGAAUGAGAACUGUUAGAAGAAGAGAAAUAUUAAUGGCAUUUUUUUUAAUGAUAAUCUAGCAGAUUAAAUGUUGUUAAUCUGUGGGAUUAAGGGAUACAUGCUUAUGUUGAGGAUUAACCAAUGUAAGACUUGUGUUGGAUUAGGUGCCUUGCGAGGGUACUUAGAAUAAAUCAGAUUGGUUGUUUGUAUUAUUUGUAACCUGAGCUUAUAGAAUUGUCACAAUUCGCUAAACUGUCUGUGGUGUAUCCUCCCAUAGGAUAAAAUACAUUAUACACUAUUGUCACGAACACAAAAAAGGACAAAUGUUUAAAGUGGUGGUGUCUUUAGUAUAUAAUUAUACUGGAACUAUAAAAAUCAAUGAAACUAAUAUAGUACAUAUUAAGCUAUGAGUAUAUACAAAAGUAUGGAUAAUAUUGUGUUUUAAUAAUUUUUAAAUUAUGAACAAAGGCUUUCUCUAUUUCAAAUUUGAUUCAACUAAAUAAUAUAAAGAAUAUUUAUUAUUGUGGUGCUGGUUAUGAUUAUGAUGAUUAUAUAAUGCCCGUCUUAUCUAUUACAUAUUGCCAAAGCAUGUACGUCUCUCACAUUAUUAUCUUGGUCGCUGGAACAAAUGCCUAUGUAGCGGCAAAUUCAAGAGGGUCCCAGUUGGCCAGUCCCCUCCUCCUCCUCUCCUCCCCCCCCCACAAAAAAAAAAUGUUUCAAAUUAUUAAAGAAAUGGAAAAAAUGAAAAUUAUAUUCUAAUUUUAAAGUCUGAGGGUGCCAUUUCCACCCAUCUGGAGGUGCCAUAAUCAUACAUUUUCUUACCUACGCCCCAACCAUGGUGAGGCUAAAAGUGCUCUAGGCCCUCCAUCUGUGAAUGUUCCUCCCUGGGCUUCCUCUAUUUCAAAUUCUGGAUCCUCCACUGCUAUGGAUACUCAGUGCCUUUAAGGAGUGUUCGAUAAUAUUGCAUCUCAUAUUUCUAAAGCACAUUUGCUAUCAAACCACAUCCAGGAAUUCAAACUAGAGGCAGCCCAGAAAGAAACCUCUACAGAAUGAAAGUCCUAUCUCUACCAUGAUUGGGGCUAAGGCAUGAAAUUUUUAUUUUAGUGGCAUUUCUAUCUGGCCAGAAAUGCAUUCUCAGAUUUGAUUGUUAUUUUCUACAACCCCCCCCCCCCCUUUAAUUUCUGUAUUUUUUACAAAUUUAGAGUGGUUCCCAGUCAGUUUGGUCCAGGCCCAGUUGGGGGUCGUGGGGGGGGGGGGGUACUUGAAUCCCGGUGCAAACUUACAAAUACCCAUAAAGGAGAUACAUUUUAUCAUAAGUUAUUCACCACUUGUUGCUAUUAGGCACGUUUUCACAAAAUGUGUUACCAUGUUUUACGUCAGCAUUGUUUGCUGUCACAUACUGUGGCCUUGGGCAGGUAAUUCUUUUAACGAGCGCAUGAUGACAUUUCACGUCAUCAAACUGAUAUGUGUCAUACAUUGUUUUUAUUAUUUUAUCAGUUAUUCUGAAAAUCUAUUGUAUUGCAUUGUGAUACUCAAAAAUACAGUUUUGCAUAUAUCAGUCAAAUAUAUAUUGUACUUUAUAUUAAAUUUUGGAAUGAA